AUGGCGCCGGCGACGGCAUCCACGGCAGCAUCCUGGUCAGAAGAACAAGGCCCAACGCUGAAACUCAUAGUGGAAAAGGGCCCACUUUCCGGCCAAGCCUUCGACUUCAGAUCCGGAUCACGGAUCCAAAUCGGCCGGGUCGUCCGCGGUAACAGUAUUACUAUCAAAGAUGCCGGCAUUUCCUCCAAGCACGUAGUAAUCCAAUUUGCACCAAAUUCGCAUCCGGAUCCUGGCCCGAAAAGCUGUCAAUGGACCAUAACGGACCUCGAGUCUUCAAAUGGCACCAUCUUGAACGACGCCCAGCUCGAACCCGCCGAACCCUGUGUUCUAUCUGACGGUGACGUUGUCAAGAUCGGUGAGAUGACUUCGAUUAGAGUCAAAUUUGAAGAGACAGGUCGCGAAGGUGGGGGUAAUGUUGGAAAAACUAGGAGGAAUCCGAGGCGAGGGGCAGCUGCUCAAGGACAGAAGGUGGUGGAAUUGGCGGUGAUUGACGAGGAUUCCGAGUUAGGGAUUGAUGAUAGAUUGGGGGAUAGGAAUAAUUUGAGGGGAAGGGAUAGAAGCGGAAAAGAUGUGGUGUCUUUAGUGCCUGCUGUAUCAUUGUGCUGUUCAGUUUUAAUUGCUAUAGUGGUCUCUACUUGCAAGUUAGAAUGUGCAGAUGGAGGGGGCAACCCUGGGCUAAAUAGCCCUAAGCCCAUUUUGAUUUCUAUAGGUAAAUUCGAAAAAAAAGAUGAUGUUGAUAUCGAGGUGGAGGAGAAGAAGGAAAGUGAAAGUCGUGGCGCUUUCAAACUCAAUGCGGUGGCACCGGAGUUUGUACCUUGA